CGUUACACAACUAAGGGUGGCGCUACACAACUCUACUAUGGGUGGCGCUACACAACUAUGGGUGGCGCUACACAAAUAUGGGUGGGGCUACACAAUUGUAGGUGGCGUUACACAGCUAUGGGUGGCACUACACAAUUAUGGAUGGUGAUACACAACUAUACUAUGGGUGGUGCUACACAACUAUGGGUGGCGCUACACAACUAUGGGUGGUGCUACACAACUAUGGGUGGCGCUACACAACUAUGGGUGGCGCUACACAACUAUGGGUGGCGCUACACAGCUAUGGGUGGGGUGGUGCUACACAGCUAUGGGUGGCGCUACACAAUUAUGGGUGGUCCUACACAAUUGUAGGUGGCGCUACACAGCUAUAGGUGGCACUACACAGCUACUGGGGGCGCUACACAACUACACAGUGUGUACGGUACUUACUACUACACAUGAUAAGUGUGUACCACAAAGGCAGGUAUAAUGCAGUAAUAAUAAUAAUAAUAUAAUAAUGUGAUAGUGAGAUAUUACUUAUACAAUGAUGUUGACAUGAUCUUUAAACUUAGCAUGCACAGCCCAGGAAAAUUAUAAAUGUUUUUUUUUCUCCUCCCUGGCUGAAGUGGCCAAUUAUGCAAAGGAGAUGAUGAUGUCAUUUAACACCACAGAUAGUUUGCAGUCCUGUGAGAAACACUGCAAGUCAACAUUGGUGGUAUUUGUUUAUUUAAAGGUAAAUGAGUGACGAAUGAGAAAGGUAGGGAGGGGGGGGAGAGAGAGAGAGACAGGUGGAGUCCACAGUUGCCGUGGCAACCACUCCCACACACUGCAAGCGAGGCUAUCGCGUUGCAAAGGUCAGACUGCACAGAUGAGCAGCAUUCUCGCAUUAAAGAAAGAAGAAGAAGAAGAAGAAGAAGGUGGAGGACAAAUCCCGAGGUGACGUCGCAUUUCCAGUGCAUGGGUCUGCUGGAGGGCGGGGACUCCUGCAUGUGCAGCUCUCUCGGAGCUCAGGAAGAGGAGGAGAGCUGAGGGGAGGGAGGAGCUGUAGAGGAGCGCUGCAACCAGUCAGGCGAGCCCCGCCGCUCAAUUAGCCAGCAGCGGCACGAGCCAGACGGCCAUCUGCAAGAGAGUCCAUGCGCUGAUGUCGUAAUGAAUUAAAUAAAGAGUUGCUCUGUGUGGAGGAGGAGGGUGGGUGGGGGGGGGGGGCGGAGGUAGGGAGGCUUGAGGAAGCCGGAGGAUGGACUCGCUGCACCUGACGGACAAGCGAGGAUGAAUGGAGCGCUGCACCGGUGCAGCAACAACCCAACUACUGGAGCUUUAAGAGCCGCAGCCCUCGUCAUUCCCAGUCCACCCAGUCCGGGCUUGCCGACCAGGCCACCAAGCUCUCCUUUGCCUCCGCCGAGUCCCUGGAGACCAUGUCCGAAGCCGACGUUCCCAUCGGGUUCAACCGGAUGAACCGAUUCCGUCAGAGCCUCCCGCUGUCACGUUCUGCCAGCCAGAAUAAGCUACGCUCUCCAGAUGAAUUUGCAGGCGUGCUGUUCCUGCAAUAUGGGGACGAGACGCGCCGCGUGCACAUCACCCACGAGCUGAGCAGCCUGGACACGCUGCACGCCCUCAUCGUGCACAUGUUCCCCCAGAAACUGACGGCGGGUAUGCUCAAGUCACCCAACACGGCCAUCCUGAUCAAGGACGAGGCACGGAACGUCUUCUACGAGCUGGAGGACGUGCGUGACAUCCAGGACCGCAGCGUCAUCAAGAUCUACCGCAAGGAGCCCAUCUACGCCUCCUACCCGGCCGCCGCACACCUGGCCAACGGAGACCUGCGGAGAGAGAUGGUCUACUCGUCCCGUGACUCCUCCCCAACACGCCGCCUGAACACGCUCCCCUCCUCGUCGGCCUCCUCCGGGUCGCCGUCCCGAUCCCGCCUCUCCUACAGCGGAGGCCGCCCGCCGUCCUUCGCGGGGCCUCACGAGCAAGCCCGCCACCCCCACCACCCGUCGGCCGCCCACGUAGCCAACGCCGGCCUCUCUCCCUCGCCAAGCGCCAUCCUGGAGCGCCGUGACGUCAAGCCGGACGAGGAGGUCUCGGCAAAGAAUCUGGCGCUCAUGAAGAACGAGUCUCUGUACGCGGACCCCUACAGUCUCAUGCACGAGGGCCGACUCAGCAUUGCUUCUACGCAGUCGCUGGCCGCCAUCGGCGACCCGUUCAGCUUCCCCGUGUCCACGGGGCUGUACCGCCGCGGCUCCGUGCGAUCCCUCAGUACCUACUCCGCAGCCGCCCUGCAGGGGGAGCUGGACGAUUCCCUCUACAAGCCCGGGGGGCCGCUGUACUCCGACACAUACUCGGCCACACUCGGUAUGGGCUUUCGCAUGCCGCCUUCGUCCCCGCAAAAGAUCCCAGACAUGCACCUUCGGGACAGGGACUCGUACUCCAGCAGGGCCUCACCCGUCAGACAGAGCUUUCGCAAAGACUCCUCCUCUUCUGUGUUCAUGGACAGCCCCAAGUCCAGACCUAAUUCCGGCUCUGAGCCUCUGUGUCUGACAGCCGGACCAGGGGAGGGGGGCAGGGCCACGCCGGCGUUUGGUUCCUCGCUUUCCGGACCGGACGCCGAUGCCAGCAGGGAUCAUCGUCUGGAGCGCAUGGAGGCCAUGGAGAAGCAGAUCGCCAGCCUGACUGGUCUGGUCCAGAGCGUUCUGACCAGAGCGCCGGACAGUGACAGCACAUGCGGCCUGCUGCGUCUCUGCAUGAUGGCGGGCUGCCCCCCGGACCAGGGAACCGACUUCUCACGGACAUUACCUUUCUCUUCCAGCGACAAGACCGACACCAACAGCGAAGGCUCCGCCACAGGAACAGGACGGCUAAAGAAGAAAGCUCACACUCCCUCGGCGCCGCUGGCGCUGAUGCCGCCGCCGCCGUCCAACUCGACGCCGUUGAACAACGUCAGCCGCCUACAGAUGCAGCUCCACCUGCACGGCCUGCAGCAGAACGCCAACGACUUGCGCCAGCAGCUCAGCCAGCUGCGGAAGACACAGCUGGAGAACCAAGACUCCAUGCGCACGCUGCUCAAGCGGACCGAGGCGGAGUUGAACGUGCGUGUGGCCGACGCCCUCAGGAAGCAGGAGGAUCCCUUGCAGAGACAGCGCCUCUUGGUGGAGGAGGAGAGGCUCAAGUACCUGAACGAGGAGGAGCUCAUCAUCCAGCAGCUGCACGACCUGGAGAAGUCGGUGGAGGAGAUCCAGAAGGAGUCGUCCGUCAACCACAAGCUGGUGAGCGUUCAGGAGCUGGAGGAGAAGAGCGCCGUCCUCCGAAAGCUGGGAGAGACGCUCACCGAGCUCAAGAAUCAAUUCCCAAGCCUGCAGAGCAAGAUGAGGGUGGUGCUGAGGGUGGAAGUGGAAGCCGUGAAGUUCCUGAAGGAGGAGCCGCACAGGCUGGACGCCUUGUUGAAACGCUGCAAGACCAUAACCGACACCCUCGCCGCCAUGCGCAAGCAGGCCAACGAGGGGGUGUGGAAGAAGCACGAGGACUUCUCCAAUCCGUCAAUCAAGCACAACGAGGACCUGAAAAAGUUCUCAGACUUUGACCUACCGGGCAGCCCACCGCUCAGCAUCAACGACCUCGGGGGAGGGAACAGCCUGUCCAACUGGAGCCCCCACACCAGCCUCAGUCGGCGCCACGGGAACCCGGCCGGCCUUCACAAGGACAAUCACCCGCCCGUACCUCACAAGGGCAAAGCCCUGGAGGAACUGGAGCGCCGCAGCGCCGCUGAUAAGGCUUUGUCCGUCGAGGUUCGCCUGGCGGCGGAGCGGGACUGGGAGGAGAAGCGGGCCAGUUUGACGCAGUACAGCGCUCAGGACAUCAACCGAUUGCUGGAGGAGACCCAAGCCGAGCUCAUGAAGGCCAUUCCCGACCUGGACUUUGCUGCUAAACAGAUCAAGCCUUCUUCUAACACGCCGUCCUCCCAGAGCCCGCAGACACCUCAGAGUGGGGCAGCGACCCCCGAGCACCGUGUCAACAAGCCCCAGCUGAAGAAAGAAGGAGGAACCAAGCUUGGAUCUGAUGAGCUGACGAUGCCUCGCUAUCGCACAGAAAAACCCUCCAAGUCUCCUCCACCCCCGCCGCCCAGACGCAGCUUCCCAUCUUCGCCAGGCCUGACCACCCGCAGCGGGGAGACCCUCAUUCCCGGGAAGAGCGUCAAGAAGUCUGAUUCUGAAGAAGCAGAGAGCCAGAAGCCUCACAUGAAACUGAGGAGGACGGUGUCAGAAAACCCUCGUCCCGCGUCCACACCCCCCACGUUGUCCGGGGACAAGGCGGACGGGGAGCAGGAGCGAACUUCCGUCCAGUUGGAGGGAGGAAACGGCCUCGCCCCCGGCAAGGUCCCGCCCCCCACCGCCACCAAACUGAAGCAGCUACAGCACAACAGCACGGAUAAAUACAAGAGCGGUAAGAGGGAAGACUUCCUGAAGAGCCAAGGGCAGCAGCAGCAGCAGCAGGCCUCAGGAGCCGUCAGCCUAGGGGGCAGCGUUGAGCCGUACCUCUCCGGGAUCAAAACGGGCCCCCUCUCCGGGCACCAGCCCUCUGCCAGGAAGGCUGAUGGCGCCAGGCCGUCCCUGAGGGCGUCCCCCGGCCAGGCCAAAGCACUGCUGGCCAGCCUGUCCGCCGCCGGUUUGAGCGCCGAGGCCCUGCUGCUGUCCUCCGCCCUACGCCAGCACCGCCUCCUCCGCGAGCAGCAGCAGCAGCAACGCGCCUCCUCACUGCCGUCCCCCAGCAGCCGCUCGCCUUCGCCCGCCUCCUCGUCCUCGCAGACGCCCACCGCCACUCUCUCCUCGUCGUCUUCGCCCACCACGCCCAUCCUGUCCCCGUGCUCGCCGACCCCGCUCAGCUCGCCCACGUUCCCCAAAACAAACGGCCGGAGCCUGGAGGGCCUCAGCAGCUGCAAGGAAGGACAAUGAACGGCCAUUUUGGAGACAAACAAUCGAUAUCAAAAGUGUCUUCAUUCCUGAAGACAGAUGACGCACAAACGGGACCUCGGAUCCCACCUCAGAUAAGCUGAUCCUGUUUCACGUAAGAGCUGCAAUAACCAGCACCUGAGUCCAUUUUGUGUGUGUGUGUGUGUGUUGUUAGAGCCAAGAUGGAGUCACAUGAAGCUCUCUGGUGUUGCUUUCAAUGAAGCUUGGUGCUGUUUGAACAUCUUUUAACAUCUCCCAUGAGGAACAAGCACACAUGGACAAAAGGUACUCAUUGACACGCUCCUUUUUAUCCACGAAUCCAUCAAUAAGGGGACGCGUCGCGCCCCUCCAAUUUUAACUCCUCAUUUUAGCAUCCGACAUUUGGGAACACUUUAGGGAAGAGGCUUUUCUGUUCCCUGUGCACAAAGCAAGAUCCACCAAGACGGACUUUGUCCAUUUUAUGUACCAUAUUGACCCCAAUUUAAGACAGUAUUUUUUUUUUACAGUCAGAGCUUUUCUUCUUGUCACUUACACACACAUUAUACUGUAUGUGAUAUACUUCUCUGGUUGCAAUCUACUAGUUUUUUUUUUUAUUGUGUGUCAAAACAUACAUAUAUUUUUCCAAAACCAGAAAAGGAUGUUCUCACAUUUGAGUAAAUACGCUAUUUUGGGUAUUUUAGUUUCAGUCAAAACUAAGCUACAAACCAUACAAAUGAGAAAACAUUAUUAUUAAUAUUACUAUUUAUUAUAGCUACAUUCAUUAAGACAAUCAUUAGCAUAUUUAAGGCUUUUUUUUUUAAAAGCCGGCACCACAAUCCCUGUAGUCCUUCUCCCUCAAACAAUGGCAGCACAUGAUUGCAGUGGCUAUCACAAGCUAACACAGAACUAUCAAAAGUUUAUCAAAAAUGCUAUUAAAGCCGCCCAACAGGCUUCACUACAUUUCUUAAAAUGCAGCCCAGACCCGUGCCAACUCAUCGUCAAACAUGGGAGGGGUAAGUUUGAUUGUUUUUUCUUCAGCAAAGCUAACCUAGCAUGAUGAUGAUGGCGCAGUGUUAGCGCUGUAGCAUCACGUAGCUAUGCUAGUGUUGCUCAUAUUUGACCUCAUUUAUGAUGGGGAUUUGAAAUUAAGAUUCAAAAUUAUACAACCUCGGCGGCUCUGUGUUUAUUUACAAGCUAGCAAAGAGGUUUUUGUGGGACUUUAGAGACAUAUAUAUCUUAAAAUAUUGAUCUGUCACUCAGCUGGAGUUUAUUUUGUGUUAGCGAAUAGGCUAACCUAGCAUGGUGUUGCUGUUAAAAUGAGUGUAAGGUGAGCACUGUACCAUCACAUACUGUAGCUAUGCUAGUGUUGCUAACGCUAGUCUUCCUGUCCAAUAACAGUGCUUGUUGGAGGCUAACAUAGCACAUUAGCAUUGAGCUACAGAUAUGUAAAUGGACAUUUUCCCCACUUGGAAAGCACUUUUAUAUUGUCUAAAUUCUAGCAUCAUGGCUAACAUACUUAAUACACUAAUGUGACACCACAGUGCGCUAAUAUGGGACUUGAUCCGUCACUCAGCUGGAGUUUAUUUUGUGUUAGCGAAUAAGCUAAGCUAGCAUGGUGUUGCUGUUAAAAUGAGUGUAAGGUGAGCACUGUACCAUCACAUACUGUAGCUAUGCUAGUGUUGCUAACGCUAGUCUUCCUGUCCCACAACAGUGCUUGUUGGAGGCUAAAUUAGCACAUUAGCAUUAAGCUACAGAUAUGUAAAUGGCCGUUUUCCCCAGUUGGAAAAGCACUUUUAUAUUGUCUAAAUUCUAGCAUCAAGGCUAACACAUUUAACACACUAAUGUGGCACCACAGUGCGCUAAUACGGGACCUUUUAAGCGCAGUCUUUUCUUAAAGAAGCACAAACGUGGCCCCGGUAGAGCAAACUAAGCCGCACAUCACAAACAUCCUGCUGGUUGGAUUACAAAAACGUGCCUCCGUUUGUUUCAAAGCACAUCAAAUCAUAUUUUCUCUGCACAAAACACACACAAAAAAAAAACAAACGUCUCCGUUUUUGCAGUUUGUUCAUUUUCUCAUCCAAAACUCUUUGGAAAGCUCUCAUCUUCAUCAGCAUAAUGAGCACAUUUAUCCUCAAAGAAGCAGCAACAAAGUAGGAAAAAGACAUUUGGGUUCUUCGGCCCCUGAGGAUAAUAUGAAGCCCCCCCUCUCGUUCUCAUCCACACCCUUCCCCAUUUACACACGGCACUGCUUGAAAGACAGAAUGAUUCUUGUUGCCCCCCCCACCCCCAACUUGAAUACCUAGUACAUAUAUAAAUAUAGAAGUGAGAUGUUUGUGUAUAAUGUGAAGACAAAGUGUGAUUAUUAUUAUAUACAUAUAGUGUAUAUAUAUAUAAAUAUAUAUAUACAGAUAAACAGUAUAUAAUAGACUUAGACAAUAUACUGUAAAUGUCUUCACCUCCUUUAAGUUUUUAUAAAUGAUUCUAGUAACCAUUUUUGUACAAAUGUUUUUUUUUCCUUUAUCGCAUUUCACACAAAGAUUAUUUAUUUGUACUUUUUUUUGUUUAAUAUUUGUUCUAUCUGUAUAGAUUAUUCUGUAUAGAUUCUAAUUCAAAGUAUAUAUACUUAGCACUUUUUUUAAUGUUAUUAGAAAAUUUUGCAAUUUUCUUUAUGGACACACAUGUUGUGUGAAGUAUGUAUUGAUGCGUUUGGGAUUUCCUUUUUUAUUUUAUUUUUAUUUAUUUAUUUUCUGUAUGUUUGAAUAUUUUUUUUUUACAUUUUAAGACUUUUUUUUUUUGCCCAUUUUUUUUAUUUUAUUGUUUUUUUUUUAUAUUUCUUUGCUUCACUCUAUCCACUGUUUUCAUAAUGGUGCUUAGGUCACAUGACUUUUAAUGUUGCGUUCAUGUAUGCUUGUUAACCGGACAACUCUUAAGCAAAAAAAAAAAAAAAAAAAAACAAGUCUGAAAAACAGAACCACUGAGAUGGCUCAAUAAGGAAUAACAUCAUCUUUUAAGCGCUUUCUCCUUCAUUUUUUGGCUCCUUAUUAUUAUUAUUAUUGACAUCUCUACGCUAAAGCCACGUGCUAUAUAGUAUGUAUAGUAUGUACUGUAUUUUUACAUGAAUGUGUUGGCGCAAGUAGAAAAAAAAAGCCCAUUUGUGAAUACAUAAACGUUCCUAGCCAGUCCGACUUAUGUCCAGAAGCAACAUUUUUAUUUAUAAUAAUGAUGAUGAUGAAGAUGGAUUCAGAGGUAUUGAAACACAACAAAUGCAUGUGUCGCACGGUGCCGUCAAGAUGAAUUUUAAGUUUAAAAAAAAAAAAAAAAUGUCUAUACUGAAUGUUUCCUCCAGAAAAGAUGUGUUAGCGGUGUAAAAUGUUAUUUAUCUGACUGAAAAGGCAGGCAUGUUCAUCUGUGAUGGAAUAUCCAAAAAGCGAUUCAACGCCACUCCCGGUGUGUGCGGGUACUGUCGCGUGACAUACUGUAAGAACACACGGCAUAGAUCUAUUAUAUAUAUAUAUAUAUAUAUAAAUAUAUUUAAUAAUAUAUGACUUUAUUAGAGAAAGUAUCAAUGGUGCAGAUAUUCAUUUAUCAGUGUGGAUGCCAUGACUUUUAUGUGAGGAAAGUGUGUUUUUUUUUUUCCAUUGUGAGAAACAAAAAAGUUUUGUACAUAACUUGCUGUGGUUGUGUGUCCAAUAAAGUGCAGCUCUCUUGUACAGUU